CCAGCAAGGCCCUGGAGGAGGCCACAAAAGAGGUCACCAGCAAGGCCGUGGGGAUGACCACCAGCAAGGCCGUGGAGGAGGCCAUUAGCAAAGCCGUGAGGGAGGCGGUCAACAAGGCUGUGGGCGAUGCCGCCAGCAAGGCUGUGGAGGAAGCAGUCAGCAAAGCCAUAGAGGAGGCAGUCAGCAAGGCAGUGGAGGAGGCAGCCAGCAAGGCUGUGGGGGAGGCAGUCAGCAAGGCCGUGGAGGAGACUGCCAGCAAGGCUGUGGGAGAGGUAGUCCGCAAGGCUAUGGAGGAGGCCACCAACAAGGCCAUGGAGGAGGCAGUUAGCAAGGCUGCGCAGGAGGUGAUCAGGAAGGCGGUGGAAGAGGCCAGCAGAAGGGCUAUGGGAGAGGGUAGCAGCAAGGCUGUGGAGGAGGUUGCUAGCAAGGCCAUGGAGGAGGCUGCCAGUAAAGCUGCAGAAGAGGCUACCAGCAAGGCUGUGAAGGAGGCUACCAGAAAGGCCAAGGAGGAGAUGGGCAGCAAAGCUGUGGGGGAGGCUGUUAGCAAGGCCAUAGAGGAGGCUGUGGCGGAAGCGGUCAGCAAAGCUGUAGCAGAGGCAGUCAGCAAGGCCGUGGCAGAGGCUGUCACCAAGGCCAUUGGGGAGGCUGCCAGCAAAGCAGUAGAUGAGGCUGCAAAGAUGGCGGUCAGCAGGGCUGUGGAGGAGGUCAUCAGCAAGGUUGUGCAAGAGGCAGCCAGCAUGGUGGUGGAGGAGGCCACUAUCAACACUGUGGAGGAGGCCAUCAGCAGGUCUGUGGAGGAGGUUGCCAGCAACGCUGUGGAUGAAGCCAUGAGCAAAAUUGUGGAGGAAGCUGCGAAGGAGGCAGUCAGCAAGGUGGUGGAGCAGGCAUUCAGCAAAUUCACAGAGGAGGCUUCCAGCGAGGCAUUGGAAGAGGUCGCAGGGAAAGCCGCAGAGGAAGCUGCAGGCCCAGAGGAGGUACCUAAAUAUCAGGAUGAAAACCGGGAUGAAGAGAAAGCAGCGGAGAAAGACAACAAUGAGCAAAACAAAGAACAAAAAGGACCUGACAAAGAUGCUGAUGCAACAGAUGGAAAACCUGAGGAAUCAAGUUCGGAAGAAUAGAAAAGGACAUCAAAAGAAGAAAGAACUCGUUCUGUUCGCGUUUUCCAUUUUUGAAUCCAAAGUAAAACUACUGAGCACAAAUUUGAUUUCGAUAUAUUUACGUAGCAUUUGUUAAAAUAAGUAGAAAAGUUUGUUUAAAACACUGAAAUUGAAAUGUAGGCAGGUUUAUCAACAUAAGUAACAUUCAAAUGUUUGUUUACUUUCUGUUUUGGUUGACUUUAUUUUCAUUUGGAAGGGAUCACUUUUCCACAAUUUCGUCAGCUUCAUUUAUUUUGUUGCAGCUGAAGUAAUGAAAAAGACAGGUUUAAAACAUCUUUUGCAAAAGGAGAUCAAAGCUUUAGUUAAAGCUACACUAUCUACUAGUCACUAGCUUUCUGUAGCUCUUGAACACUUGAAAUGUGAUUAGGUCAAUGUGAGGUGCAUUUUUAGAGUGAAAAUUCAUGUAAAGUGUCUCAUCAAUAGUUAUGUGUUGAAAUGAGAAUAUACUGAGUUAACCAAAAUGAAGUA